AUGGCUGUCACCAUCCUCGGUUCACGUCUUCACCUUGAUAUCUCACCACAAUCCGAGUUGGCAACCGAUUUGGUCUCAAAUUAUAUGCGUUUGAUGACGUAUGUGUCUGAGGAUCUUCAAACAGUUGUCACAGCCUCACCGUCUGAACCUCCUUUAGCCAUGGUGGCAGCAGCAAUAAUGAAUCAUGAGGAUAUUAGGAUUAGCGACAUUCUCAAGCAUUGGAUUCAGAGAAUCAGGAAAGGUUCUAUUCUACGUGGUUACCGUGGAGAGACUAUCGCUCAAUUUAUCCUGCUGAUGGUUUGGGAUAAGCAUGCGGCCGCUCGGUCUUCUCCCUUGAGCAUCAAGUUCGCAGAACCAAUAAUUAUCUAUGAUUACCUCAGGUCGCUGUUUGUUGAGAAAGUUUUUACAGAUAUCUGGCAAAACAUAAAGGACACAGAGUUGGCAAAGGGAUGGGUUCACUUUAACCAUUUUGCGGGAGUAUCUUACACACUAGCGAAGCGUAAUUUACUUGAGUUUGCCAAGCGUGGAGCAGCAGUUUAUUGUAAAGAGUGUCAGAGGGGUGUCGAUUUAGUGAUUCCAGUUCUAAUCGAUGGCAAUUUGGAUAUUGAGAGUGUUACAUUUAUAUUAGUACAGGUAAAAAAUCACGCUAUAAUAACAGCGUAUCGCGUGGAUGCCACCUCAAAACUCACACCUGCAUAUAUGAAGAUGGAAGAUGCCGCGGAUUGCAUAUUGCCGUAUCUAUCUUUGUAUAUGCAAAUUGGUGCUGAAGGACAUCAUUGUAAUAUUCUAUCAAGUCACAGGCAGAAUAAGAAGAAUCAGAUAUCAUGCGCGCUUUUCGGGAUAACCAAAGAGCUGUACGGCUGUCUGAAUUUGAGGCAGGAUGAUGAGACACUGGAAAUUGAGAAGUCAUUGAAAGAAUUGCGAACAGCAUCUGUGGAUCUCAUGCAACUGAUAGAGGAUGAAGAGAAUAAGGCAAUUGUUCAUCGCAUGUUACCGCUUUAUUAUCCAAAAGAUGAGACAGCAUCAAAAAGGAGGAAAACUUAA